AUGUUAAAAAAUUUUCCGUUUGAUCCUAAGUGGUUGAAUAUGAAAACACUCGACAAGAAAACUCCAGUUGAUGUGGCCGCUGAAUAUGAUCACUUUGAUAUUGUGGAAACAUGUUUGAACAAUGCACCGAUGUCGACUGAUCCAAAUCAUGCUGUUAACCAGUUCAUUCUUGCCGCUGCGCGUCAUCGUGGUAAUCGUGUCUUGUCUUAUCUUGCUCCAAAGGCAUACAAUGCUCAAAUGCAACUUUAUUGGGCUUGUCGUCAGCCUUGUGGACAUAAAUUGCUUUCGGACGAAGAUAUUACCAGUUUUCUUAUUAAUAAAGAUACAAUGUCUCACCAAUACAAGAAUGAUGGAUUUACACCGUUGAUGACUGCUGUGAAAUAUCGACGAAUCGAGUGUGUCAAAGCACUUAUCGCAAGUCCAUUUUGUGAUAAGACAGUUUUUGAGAAGCGCAGUUUGGAAUUGAGACGAACAGUUUUUCAUAUCUGUGCCGAAACUAAGGUUAACGGGAUCACUGAUUUACUAUUGAACGCAGCGGAAAAGCAUCAAUAUUCAAAUUUACUACUUAGUGAUAUCAUGGGUGAUACACCAUUACAUAUUUGCGCUCGAGUAAAUAAUAUCGAUAUGGCUAAUGGAUUAUUACCACCAGUUCUUCAAUAUUUUUCAAAAUCAGUGUCAAGUUCAAAGACCAACAGUUCAGAAGCACUUCAGACAGCAUUAGCAAAGAAAAACAAUAAUGGAUUAACAGCUUUUCAUGAAGCUGUCGAAUAUGGACGCGAGGAAAUUGUAAAAAGAAUGCUCGAAUUAUCGGACGAUCCUAAAAAGUUGAUCCAUGAAAUCGAUCAACAGUUACGUACCAGUUUGCAUAUGGCAGCAUUAAGAGGUGAAGACAUUUUUUGA